GGGGGGGUAGAAAUAUACAGCGACGUCAGUGAACGCAACACUCCGCUGACAGCACUCCAACAGGCACUUCACCCGGACUAUACCGGCUGCAUCGGCCGGUCCCGGUCCCGGUCCAUGCUCGAGGACUUUCUCUUCAGACGGAUCUCCACGCGACUUGUUGACGUUAAAAGGUCGGCGGGAAGCUGCGGGAUGCUGUGGCUGCUGCUCUGUGUGCUUCCUCCGCUGGACGGCAGCAGACUGGUGGCCCAGGACGUCACUUACAGAGCAAGACACGAAGCGGUUGCAGUGAAGACGAGGCCUCACAUCUACUUCUGCCGCUCUCCCAACAUGGAGGACUUCAGCUGCUGGUGGCGACCGCUGGACAACCUGACAGACAGAGAGCAGGUCACCUACGCCCUCAGCUACUCCCAAGACAAAGGGCCCAGACACCAGUGUCCCGACUACGUGAGCGCCGGCCCCUUCAGCUGCCACUUCGACAGCAGCCACACGUCCAUCUGGAAGAUCUACUGCAUGAACGUGACGGCCGUCACCGCCCGCCGGAACUACACCUCCCAGGAGCACUGCCUGGACGUGGCCGACAUCGUUCAGACCGAAGCUCCGGUGAAUCUGACCUACGAGCUGACGGCGGCCGGUGGAGACGAGGUGGGUCACAGCGCUCUGCUGACCUGGACCUACCCGGUGCCCUCAGACCUGCAGUACGGGUGGAUCACGCUGGUGUACGAGCUGCAGUACCGCCGCGUCACCGAGCCCGACAACUGGAAGGUGAAGCACCCUCUGAGGGAGCCUCUGGUGGAGCUGCUGGGCCUCCCGGUGGGAGACUACGUGGUCCGGGUCCGAUGCCGGUCCCACAACUACGGCCUGUGGAGCGAGUGGAGCGGCGCGCUGCCGAUGAGCCUCCCCGCAGGGCCGCCUACGGGGAAACUCCUGGUUCUGAUUCUGGUGACGGGCGUCGCUGUCGUGGCUCUGCUGCUGAUCCUGUUUGGCGUCGUCCAUCAGGGGAAGAGAAUAAAAGACUACUUCCUGCCGCCUAUUCCAACACCGCGGAUCAUCGGCAUCGACCUGCUACUGCUGAAGAAGGGCAACUUGGAGGAGAUCAACCAUCACUUCAGUACCUUCCACAGCUACAGCCCUCCGAGCUACACGGAGGAUGUUUGGGACCAGGUGAGCUCCGGAGACGUCUUCCUCUCCACGCCGAAGGACUCGACGGACCACGAGAAGGACGCCCUGAUCGCUCCGUGUGACCCGACGGCCGCCCGCCAUCGGCUCUCGACCCACCGCCCGCCGUCGUACGUGCAGAGCGUGUCGCCCUACUGCUCCUCGCCUCCCCAAGCCUUCGGCCCGACGCCGGACGCUCCGUCUCUGUGGUCGAGGCCGGAGGUGGUGUCUCUGCCGGGGACGGACUACAGCGUGAUGGGACGUCCGGGUCUCCCCGACGCCGUCGCCACAAAGCGCUUGCCUCAGGAUUUCUACACCUGCGUCCAGCUCAUGAAUGAAAGUGGCGAGGUGCACCUGGUGCCCUGUCUGCCGCCGGCGUACUGCCGCGAGUUCCCGCCUCUCCCGAGGGUCGAUUCAGACGCAGCGGAGGAGAAGAAGAAGAAGAAGAAGAAGCUGGCUGACUGCCAAGCCAGGACAAACGAGAGGAAAGAUGGCGGCGAGGCCGAGAGGGGCGAGGCGGCGGUGCCUCUGCUGCCCGUCACUGCUGACUGAACACGGAGGCCGUGAAACAUGGAACACAAAGAACUGUGCUCGUGGACCUUCUGUACUCUGCUCUCCUGCUGCAGAGAUUCACUCCAUCAGACGACAUCGUGUCCAAGAGACGCUGGACUUCUGCAAGUGAAACAUGCAGAGAGAGCAAAGUUGCCUCGUGCACCUUUUAAAUAUGAUUUAGUAUUAUAACAUGCUGCUUCCCCCUAACCCAAUAAACAGUACGAGUAUCUCAUUCCUCACUCACAUCCUUACUUUAAUGUUCCAGAUAUCAGCCAAUGAUCUUCACAUUCUUCUAAUUCCCCUCAAACACCCGCUGGACUCGUUCCAUUCACGGUGGCAGGGUUCUAAACAUGGCCGCCCUCAGGAGGACGUCAGCUGUGGAUUCACACUGGAAUGUUUUCUGUGCAGCAGCAGCUUUUACAUGUUUAACACUAUUACAAAAAGCAUUUCAUGUAUUACAGAGACGCUGAAUGACCUCAGGUAGAGAUGUAUUUCUGUCUACCAACAAACUGUCUGUUAAUGACGAGGAGGAGGAGGAAGAAGAGGACACCUUUCUUUAACCUGUGUGAUGACUGAAGUCACUCUGAGGUGCUAUGACCGACUCUGACCGACUGUGACCGACCCCGGCGGUCCUGGAGAAGCUAUGAAACACUCGUCAUCGUGUUGUCUCUGGUGUUGGAUGUCGUGCUGUUCUCUAUUCUUGUGCCUUUUUUUAUUCACAGAGCUGUUUGUUCCCACACGCCUGGAAAUGCUUUCACGUGAGGAAAAUGGUUAAUGACUCUUUAUAUAUAUAUAUAUAUAUAUUUAUAUAUAUUUAUAUACAUAUAUUCAUGUGCACACAUGUGUGCGGCUGUAUACAAACCCGCUCAGUGUUGGUCACGCUUUCACCUUUUUAUUGUAACAAAACCACUAAAACCAUCCGAUGCAAUAAAAAGUGA